UAGACUUCUGUGACCUAGACUGUGCUUUAAUUAACUUAAUCUAUAAAAUACUAAAUACACAAUGAUUAAAAAAAAGAAGGAACCUGAAAUAUUAAUCACAGUUUAAUUUGUAAAGCAUAAUGAUCAAAUAAAUCUCCGAAAUUAUGGACACCUACCUCACUGUACACAGGAUCACAUUUCCUGUACCCGAAAAAGAAAAUUCCAAAAUAAAAACCAUGGAGUUCCUUUCAGCCUGUUCAGAUUUUCUAAAGCUAAUUGAUCUGCUGGGCAAAAGCUUUGCACCUGCAAUUUACGAUAUAUCUGGGAACAUAGCAAAAAUCACUAAUGUGUACCAAGAUGACUGUGAUAAAUAUGAGUACUUAGAGGACAUGGUACUAGCCGAAAGAGUUGAAGGGAAGCAACUUGCCACUGAUGCACUAAUGUGGUUAAGACGAGCACUUAAUUUUUUGAUAGCAUUUUUUGAGCUUCUGUGUACAGAUGAAUCAAAGCAAGAAGACCUUGGUGCUUUUGUUAGAGAGGCGUAUUCCAAUACAUUAAAAAUGUAUCAUGGCUGGAUUACAAAAAGUUUGUUUAAUUUUUUGGCCGGAAUGACUCCUAAAAGAACCCCAUUGUUGGAAAGUUUAGCUUUGCACAAGAGCAAUUGUGAGGAGUAUGUCCUAAGUGAUAUACAAAGGUUUAUACCCAACCUAAAAUUAUGUGUUCAACAUUUAAUUACUUUUUACACAGAAAAUGAUUUAGAAACUAAUAACAAAGUAUAGCAUUGUUUAUUGUUUUCGAAUGUUAAGAUAUUAGGUGGUAGUGGGUUUUUCUAACAAAAAUGAUUUAUAUGUUUGGAUGUCUUUCAUUUUUGUCAGUAGGGCAUUAAAUAUUUGACAUGUUUCACUAUAUUUUUAUACAAGCUUGUAGGCUCAAUGCUUUUAAAAGUACAGUGCCCAAUUAUGGGGAUCCAGGGUACUUAGCAACAUAUCAGAAUGUAUCUUUUUAUUUGUUUUUACACAGAUUUUAAUAAAGUAUUCUUGUUUUUUCUUGUA